UUAUAUUUCGCUUUGGAUCGGUAAUCAAUAAAAUGCAAUUUAUGCUUAGUUUUCAAUUAGAAUUGGUAUAAGACACAGUAAACAUAAUCGAUAGUUUGUCUUAUUUCGGCAAUAUGGCGUUCGCCCCGUUGAGAGUGGGGUUUAUACAAAAAAUUGUUCAGAAUGCAUUCUAUACUACUAUGAGACGACCUAUGGCUUACAAAAGCGCUAUAUCUUUGGAGACAUUGUACCCUAACAGUUCUUUAAAACUCAGCACUCCCUCGUUUAAUGCUGACCCAAAGGAGAAAUUCUCCGGUUUCAUCCCUAUGGAAAAACUGGACAUCACAUACAGCGCCAGCUCUGGGCCGGGGGGACAGAAUGUAAACAAAGUGCACACCAAGGUUGACCUGAGGUUCAAGCUGAGUGAAGCAGACUGGCUGCACCCAGAAGUGAAGGAAAAGAUGCUAGAACUGCAUGGGAAGAAAUUAUCCAAAGAAGGGUACCUGAUCAUCCGCUCGGACGCCACGCGUUCUCAGCAGCUCAACUUAGCAGACUGCCUCCAGAAACUUCGCACUCUUCUGAGGGAUGCCGCCGUCACGCAGCAGACGCCAUCGCCGGAGACGCUCGAGAAAGUUAGGCAGAGACACCUGAAAGCUGCGCGUAUGAGGGUGGCGCUGAAACGCGAGGACGCAGUGAAGCGCGCGCAGAGGCAACCGCCGACCGUCGUCGACUUAUGAUUCUUCCACUAAUUGGCCGCGUUGCUCUAGGCUACAGACUUCAAGACAAUGGACUAACACCUAUACCAAUAUCAAUGAGAACUUUCUGAUAUACAACACUUAAGCGCGCAUAAAGCUCUGUGCACACCGGGUGCGUCUGCACAGAGCUUUAUGCGCGCUUAAGCAAAUAUGUAGAGUUAUUCUUAUUGUCACUUGCAAGCAAAAAUAAACGUACAAAUCUUCCAUGUCUAAUGAAAUGUGAGGGCCAAAAUCACCAUGCGAAGACAGUGAUUUUGAGUCGUGAACGUUGAUGCGACUGUAAUAAUUCAGAAACGUCUUGUUUGUGCAGAGUGGCGUAUCUGAUAUUGUGUAUAUAAUAUGUAAAACAGCAAAAGCCGCUGAGGACAGAAUCCUAUGUUAUUUAUGAGAGGAUCAGAAAACUAGGUAGACUAAAAACUUCAAAUUAAAUGUUCUAUUAAGUGUUUGUCCAUCGCCAUACCGUCUGUAGGCCAGUGUCUAAAAUCCUCAGCUAUUUUGAAAGUCAUUCAAUCAGUAGUGUGUUUACUGCCAAAGUUACCUUGUGGUCCCUGAACAAGUGGAAAAACGUCCGUAAAUAAAACCAGACUAAUAAAAUGACUAUCAAAAUACCUUGAGAAUUGGUGGCAGUCAGCCUGUUUUUGGCUGCCAAACGCGUCCAGUUACCAUUACCUUUAGUUCUUCUACUUUGAAUGUAAUGUAUUUAGCUUUUAGAUAAAAUAUGAUAAUAAAGUUUAAAAUUGUUUAUUU